UCAGUUUCCAUCCAUUGAUUCUUGUCUGACCUUCGGGUGUUUUAGAAAAUAGCUCUGGAUUGAUUGUCGUGAUGCAUAAAACUCAGGCUUUGCGGCUUUCCGCAACAGCCCUCCAGCGCCAGCAGACGCUGCUGCGCCUCUGCCCAAAACCUAUCGUGUGCACCCAAUGUGCAGGAUCCGUUGCAACUGGGAACACCAUCGCCUGGACUAUACACACUUCUGUUGGCAGGGUGAUGUCUCUGCUUUUUAGCAUGCUAUCUAGGUUUCCAUAGCUUUCCUUCCCCAGGAGCAAGCGUCUUUUAAUUUCUUGGCUCUGCCACUGCUUCAUUCUUUUAAGAGAUGCCAGCCUCGCCCUUUGGAGAAUGUAGACCUGUUUUGAAUUUCCUGGAACAAGCCAUGCGGGCGCCAAUUGUCCAGGACAGAGAAAAAAAGAAGAUCAAACAAACUGGCUUGUCCAGCUAUCUGGCUCCUUUAACGAUCUGCAGAAAUGAUCUUGUUUUUAUGGCAGGUAAUAUAAUGCACAACCUGAAUGGCUGCGUUCACAUAUUUGUGAAACUCACAACCCCCGGAGCAAAAGGGGAGAGGGAAGAAAUAAGGCCCCCCUCUCCCGUAAGAAUAGCCCUUUGGCUAAUACUUCGGAAGACGCACUCUGAACGUGCCCAGAGAGAAUCUUGGCAACUAAAGCAACCCUUUUAUUUUAUUUUUGUGUAUAAAAAUAAUAUUUAUUGAAUUUCCAAAAGUUAAAAUAUACAUAAUACAAACAAAAAGCACAAUACACAAAAACAAAACAAAAAAAAUACAAAACACACAAACGCAUCAAAAUUACAUUACUCAUAACAGCUUUUCCUACAUCGGUAUCUCUUAUCCUAUUUAACCUUUAUAUACAGAUUCUACUUCUAAGUAUCUCUAUAAACCAAUAUUCUUAUUUAAAUUAUUUUAACCUCUAUUCAGAAUUCAGUCUCGUGACAAAAAUCUCUCUCAAGUUUUAUGCUUGCAGGAAUUUAUGCAGCCAGGAAUUUAUGCAGCCAGGAAUACCAUCUAUUCCAUAUUCCACAGCACUCAGUAUUUUCCCUCUCUUUCAUUUCCAUCGAUAAUCUGUCCAUUUCUGCACAUUGAUAUAUAUUUUUUUUAUUAUAAUUUGAUCCAGUGGGAUAUCCGGAUGUUUCCAAUUCUGUGCUACCACAAUUCUACAUGUCGUCAAUAUGUGUAAUAUGAUAUAUUGUAUAUUUCUUUCCAUUUUCCCUUCCAGAAUGCCCAAUAGGAAUAGUUCCCGUGUUGUUGUUUUUUCUAUUUUCUGCCCUGUGGUUUCAUACAGCCAGAUUUUUAUCUUCCUCCAAAAUUUCUUAAUCUUAUGGCAGGUCCAUCACAUGUGGUGGAAUGUCCCUUGUUUGCGACCACAUCUCCAACAAUUUGGGGACCUAUUUGGAAACAUCCUGGCCAGUAGUGGGAUUCAAGUAAUUUAACAACCGGUUCUCUGCCCUAAUGAUUUCUUCCAACAACCAGUUUGCCAAACUGUUGAGAAAGUUAACAGCCGGUUCUCCCGAAGUGGUGCGAACUGGCUGAAUCCCACCACUGAUCCUGGCCAAACUCGCUGGUAGCAAAUGCCAUCUAUAAAACAUUUUGUACAGAUUUUCUUUAUAAGCAGUCUUUUCCCCUCUUCUGGAAGGGAAAAGCAAGACGCAUACAUACGUCCUUUCAUUUAUUUUUUAACAUGGUUUGCUGCUUCUACAUUUUUAUUUCACGUUCAGGACUUCUCAGGGUGCCGUCCGCCAAGCAAUGUCGGCUGGCGGCCCCCAGGGGAAGAUCCUUCUCUGUGGGGGCUCCUACCCUCUGGAACGAACUUCCCCCUGGCUUGCGCCAAGUGCCUGAUCUUCGGACUUUCGCCGCGAGCUGAAAACUGGAGUGGGAAAGGCCGAGCUUCUGGCUUAUUUUUAGUGGCCAAUCAAAAUAUUUUCCAAGAUGAAGGAGGGAGAAACACACAGAGAGUUUUGGUGCUGAAGACAGUGCAACCUUUGAGAUGCCUCGGCUAGAAGCAACCGACGGACGUCCAGUCUUAGCCAUGCCCAGAUAGCCGUGCCCGACCAGACCUCCUGGGCGACCCCUUGGUUGUAAGAUGGGACCUUCAGCCAGCUUCCUCCUCCUCCUCCUCUUCCUGCUACUCACAGGCCGGAUCAUCCCCUUUAACAUUGAUGUGAGAAGACCUCAAAUCUUUCGUGGGCCACAGGAAGCUCAGUUUGGCUACAAAGUCCUGCAGUUCACAGCCCAAGGGCAAAAAUGGAUGUUGGUGGGCGCACCUUGGGACGGAACGGAAGGUGAUCGGAAAGGCGACGUUUACAAGUGCAUUGUGGAAGAGAGGAAAAAUUCAACAUGCACUAAAGUCAACAUAGGUGACAUGAGCCUCCGGAAUGUUUCCAGGCAAAUAAAAAACAUGCAUUUUGGGAUGACGCUGAUAGCUAACAAAGAUGAUGGGUUUGUGGCCUGCGCUCCCCUCUGGUCCCAGGAAUGUGGCACAUCCCUGUACAGCACAGGGAUGUGCACCAGCUUGGACAAGGACUUCCGGCUGAUGGAAAACCUCGCCCCAACGGUUCAGAGGUGCUCAACCUACAUGGACAUUGUGAUUGUCCUGGAUGGCUCCAACAGCAUUUACCCCUGGUACGAAGUGCAGAAUUUUCUUAGCAACAUUCUCAGCAAAUUUUUCAUUGACCCAGAGCAGAUCCAGGUUGGAGUCUUGCAGUACAGUGAAGUUGCAGUUCAUGAAUGGACCCUGAAGGAUUACAAGACGGCAGAAGAAGUCAUCGAAGCUGCCCAAAAUAUCAGCCGGCAGGAAGGACUCGAAACUCGGACGGCUUCUGCCAUCCACAAGGCCUGCACGGAGGCCUUCAGUCCGGAAAAAGGGGGCAGAGAAGGCGCCACCAAGCUGAUGAUCGUGCUCACCGAUGGGGAGUCCCACGAUGGGGAGGAACUUAAAGAUGCUCUAGAAGAGUGCGAGGAACGGAACGUGACCCGUUACGCCAUCGCGGUCUUGGGCCACUACAUCCGCCGGAAGAAAGACCCCAACUCGUUCAUCAAUGAAAUUAAAUACAUUGCCAGUGACCCCGACGAAAAGUACUUCUUCAAUGUGACGGAUGAGGCGGCUCUCAACGAUAUUGUGGACUCCUUAGGAGAUCGGAUCUUCAGCCUUGAAGGGACCCGUGAGUAUAACUCUUUUGAGCUGGAAAUGUCUCAAGUUGGUUUCUCCACCCACCUGCUGGAGGACGGAAUCCUCUUUGGGAUGGUGGGAGCCUACGACUGGGACGGGGCCGUGCUCAAGGAGGGCCGGUCGGGACGGGUCAUCCCCCCACGGGAAGCUUUUGCAAGAGAGUUCCCGCGGAAGCUGAAUAACCACGCAGCCUAUCUCGGCUACACCGUCUCUUCCAUCAGACUCCGGAGUGGCCGAAGGCUCUAUCUGGCCAGCGCCCCCCGUUUCCAGCACAAGGGGAAAGUUAUCCUCUUUGAGAUGGAUGGAGAUGGCGACGUGUCCAUCUCACAGGCCCUGACAGGAGACCAAAUCGGAUCCUACUUUGGCAGCGAAGUUUGUCCGGUGGACGUGAAUGGAGAUGGCAUCACAGAUAUCUUGCUGGUGGCUGCCCCCAUGUACCUGGGCCCACAGAACAAAGAGAUAGGGUGUGUUUACCUUUACAGGGUUGGCCAGUCACUCCUGACUUUCAAUGGGACUCUCCUUCCUGAUCCCAAACCUCAGGACGCUCGCUUUGGCUAUGCCAUGCUGGCUGUUCCAGAUCUUAAUCACGACAGCUUUAACGAUGUAGUUGUGGGCGCCCCCUUGGAAGACAACCACCAGGGGGCAGUCUACUUGUACCAUGGCUACCGUACAACUGUAUUACCGCGUUUCAAACAGCGCAUCGAAUCCGCAGCGCUUCGCUUGGGCCUUCGCUAUUUCGGCCGCAGCUUGGACGGGCAGAUCGACAUGGAUGGGGACGGCCUGGUGGAUCUGGCUGUGGGGGCUCAGGAUGCUGCCGUAGUCUUAAGAUCCAGGAGAAUUGUGCAGAUCAACGCAUCCAUCUCAGUCAACCCUCCCUCCAUCAACGUGAUCCAGAAAAACUGCCAGAGAAACGGGAAGGAAUCCCUCUGCGUGACAGCCAACUUCUGUUUCACUGUGUCUUCGCGCUCGUUGGGUCCCCGGGACAGCCACUUAGGUAUAAGAUACAACGUCUCUCUGGAUGACAGGAAGUUUGGCACAAGAGCGGUCUUUGAUAGCAGCUCUCAAAAGCUGCUGCAGAAGAGAACUCGGGCCACGGUGGGCAGGACGGCGUGCUCAACUGCUCGCUUCCACGUCAUUGACACCUCGGAUUACCUCCGGCCGGUCACCAUCACCAUGAAGUUUGCACUGAGUGAAACUGAGCUGCCUGGGCCUGUCCUGGAUGAGAAACUGCCCACCACUGUUAAGAAACUAAUCCCCUUUUUCAAAGACUGUGGUGAGGACGAUGAGUGUGUAACAGAUCUGGUGCUACAAGCUGAGAUGGAUAUCAGCGGAUCCAGGCAGAAGCCUCAUGUCAUCCGUAAAGGGAAGCGGAAGAUGGUGAUUGAUGUCCUUCUGGAGAACAAGAAAGAAAAUGCCUACAACACCACCCUCCAGAUCUGGUUCUCCAGAAAUCUCCACUUCUCCAGCCUUGGGCUGAAGGGGGAGAACCCCGUGAAGGUGGAGUGCUCAGUUUCUUCCGCUCAGGCCCGCGUGUGCAGCGUGGGUUAUCCCGUCUUCCGGUCCUCGGCAAAGGUGGCCUUUGCCCUCGAGUUCGAAUUCAGCUGCUCCUCUCUUCUGAACAAAGUGCAGGUGAAGCUUACAGCCAGCAGUGACAGCAGUGAGUUGAAUCAAACGCUGGCGGACAACACAGCCCAGCCUACCGCCUUCGUCUCUUAUGAGCCUGACCUCUUCCUGACCAGUGAAUCUACCCUGAACCGCUAUGAAGUACAUCCUGUGGGGACCUUCCCGAGUGACAUGACCCCAGAGUUUCGGACAUCCAUCAAAAUACAAAAUCUUGCCUGCUAUGCAGUGUCCAAUCUGUCGCUCCGGAUGGCGUUUCCUGCCACCGGCUAUCAAGGGAGGGAAUUUCUCUGGGUGACUCGCAUCCUUGCAGAUAAUGUGACCUGCAACUUGCGGAAUCAGACCGAGUUUGGAUCAGUUAAUAGUGUGAUUCCACUGCACCCAGAAGAAUUGGCGCACACAGACAGAGUGAACUGCACUAACGCCGCCUGUCAAGUCGUGACCUGCCAGCUGCAACGUCUGGAGAGGAGCUCCGAAGUCACCAUCCAUUUGCUCAGAGCCGUCCGGAACGAAUUUUUCCGGAAGGCUAAAUUCAAGACAGUGAAGAUAAUCAGUAGCAUCACCCUGAACGUCCCCAAAGAAGACAACCUGUUUCUUCUACCAAAAGCUGCCCACCAGCGGCAGGUUGUCUUGGAGAUUAUCCAGUCCAAAUUGGUCCCUCUUUCCCUUUGGAUUCUGAUUGGCAGCAUCCUUGGCGGUCUCCUGCUGCUAACCGUGGUCAUCGUCUUCUUAUGGAAGGUUGGAUUUUUUAUACACAAAAAGCCUGGGGAGGAAGAUGAAAAAGAAGAAUAAAACCGAGUCAGUCGGACAAAGACUCUUCGCCCAAGAGGAAGGCGCAUCUGUGGGUUCAAAACCCAGAAGGGGAGCUGUCAUUUUACUGUCCUAGCUACCUUCGGACCAGAGAGGUUCAGGCUGCUCUGCAAGAAUUGCCUCAAAAUCUUGAGGCAUCUUUGAAAUUCGGGAAUAAGAAAGCACAACCUCCUCUCCCCUGCAGUGUAUUUCGAUAGACGCCCGUCUAAAUAUCGCCAGAACUGAUAUAUUCAGGUGGUUUAUUCAGGCAGAUCAACAGCCACCUUUGCCUGCAAGAUUUGCAGACGGAAAGCGACAGAAAAUCAAGCGCGUGGAUUUUUAAGCGGGUCACACAUUUCCCCCCCACAUGGAAAUCCUUUAUUCCAGAUGUUUUUCCCCCCACCCACCCCAAGAAGAUGAUUUUGGGGUUCAGCCUGGCAUUUGCAAUGCUGCCACAUGGCACCAGAAGCUGCUGCUGGGAAUCUUGCUGAAUUUGGACUCCCCCACCCCCACCCCCAGAGAAAGCCGACACGACGGGUGGUUUUUGUCCUACGGAAGACUGAACAAAUUACAGGGACUUGGUAUCCUUUGGCUCGUUGGGUGUGGCCUUUCCCAAAACAUGGCGUCUUGUUAAAACUGUACGCGACAAGAGGCUGUGGCUGUUUCUCCACACAAAUCGGGGUACGGCACCCCCUCCUGAUCACGUGAGCCCCUGAAUUUCUGAAAUGUUAUUCUAAUGAAAAUGGGCAUUUUAUAAAUCGGGAAAGUCCUUUUUUAAAAAAAAAAAAAGCAUUGUGCGGAAGAGGGUCAAGUUCUAGUCGCCCAGUGUUAGCAAAAAAAACCAGGGUGGUUGUAGUUGGGUCUCUCCCCCACCACCCUUUUUGGCUAAACAAUUGGCUCUCCAAAUCCAGAACUCCUAAAAGUUAACUAACACUUGGGAGAUCACAAUCUUUGGCUGACCUAGAAGGCGACCUAGAACAGAAACGGGAGCGAAGGCAGACUUCCUCUCGAGUCACAAUCAAAACUGAGCGAGGAGCCUGUGGCUGGACUCCCAACUCCCAUCAAUCUCAGCCAAUGCAGAAUAAGGGGAAUUGCAAUCUCCCAAUUUCCAGCCAGGCCUGUUCUGACCUAGGCUAGUCCUCGUCCCGAUAAAAGCCUUUUAAUUUACAGUGAAUUCCUCCCCAGCAAAUUCUUUCCUCUCCCACAGUCUUUCAAGAUAGUUGACAAUUACCGACCUUCAUCAGGCUUGGUGAGUGGCCAGGGCGAUAUCUUUCAGGCGCCGCAAUACUUGGCAGGAAUGAACUAAUUGUCUCCUGCAAACUCCACUUCCCUUUCGUUCCUCUUUUAUUCCACCGUCCACCUGCAGCCUUACUCCCAAGUCGACCCUUGUUCUUUAGCUGUUCCCUUUGUCUGGUAACUCCAUGCACUAGGAACAGGCUCCAGCUGUUCUUCUGCCUCACUGAUGUCCAACUCCAAAGGCAGCUGAUAACUGGCAUCCGGCCCUGGCCCCCUCUCUGCCUCCGACACAGAGCCCCCAUCCGAGCCUUCCCCAGACUCCAGGACAGGCCCUUGUUCCUCCCCGACCUCCUCACUGUCUGAAUCUGAUGCCAGAUCUGCUGGCGGACCACAAGGCCCCUCCAGUUCUCAACGGCAGCCUCUUUCCUCCCUGGGCAACCGGUGAAGUCUGCAGCCAAAUGGAAAGACGUGGAAGGAGUAGCGGGCAGAUCUCUCUGCCAGUUGCUCUACGUCUUUCUGAACCGGCACGUCCUUGUAAAAGAGAAACCUCCAUGUGGUAACCAAGGCUUGGGGAGAGUUCUAGGACAGUGAAGGAUUUUGCAAGUUCCUCUGGGUCUUAAAAGGCCCUUUGGCCACAAGCCGCCUGAUGUUGCCAGGUGGGCAACGCGGCCGCUCUCUGGUUCUGCUUCAAAUGGCCUGACCCAGCCUCCAUGAGCCUUGCCUGCAAAGUUGAGCCUUGCCAGCCUGUCCUACACGUCUCGGUUCAAACCUCCUGCCAAAAAUUACCUUCACUGCCUCGUCGUUUCUUAUUAAAGACUUUUAUUCGAUAGCAAAA